GAUUCCUUUCAUUGAAGACUAGACAAUAAAACAUUUCUACUUAUGCCUGAUACUACUCUGUCCAGUAACUAGAACCAAAAACUGCAAAGACAAACUGCUACAAGUUAACAGAAAUUGAUUCCUCCAACCCUAUCACGUUAUUCUAUAAUCGAUACUAAAUUCAGACUUACUAAUAUAACCCUGAACUCACUUCUUCUCAUCAAUUAUAUCCCUUGCUUUGAAGAGAUUCUUUCACCAUCACCUUUUGCUUAUCAUCCAUGGAGCAUAAAAAAUCAGAUGAGAUUGCUGCAUUCGAGGCUGAGAAAGCAGUCUACAGUGACUUUAAGGUUCACGUGUUCUCUUCUUCUUCAGAGUUGCUUGAAAGGCUACACGAGAAAUGGAGUUUAGUAAAAAAGCAACCAUACCCAGCAAUGUAUUCUAGCGUGUAUGGAGGAAUAAUUCUUGAUCCUGCAAUUAUGGUGAUUCCUAUAGAUGAUCACAUGGUUCAUCGAGGGCAUGGAGUGUUCGAUACAUCUAUUAUUUAUGAUGGAUAUCUUUAUGAACUUGAUGUCCAUUUGGACCGCUUUCUACGAUCAGCAUCUAAAGCAAAGAUAUCUUCUCCUUUCCCUCGCUCAACUCUUCGAAGCAUUCUUAUUCAAAUGACAGCAGUAUCGAAAUGCAAGAAAGGAACUCUAAGAUUCUGGCUAAGUGCAGGCCCUGGAAACUUCUUGCUUUCGCCUGCAGGUUGCCCAACUUCUGCUUUCUAUGCUGUAGUUAUUGAUGAUGACUUCUCCCAGUGCAAGGAGGGGGUUAAAGUGAUAACUUCCACUAUCCCCAUGAAGUCACCUUUGUUUGCAACUACGAAAAAUGUGAACUAUCUCCCUAAUGUCCUCUCAGUAAUGGAAGCCGAAGAGAAGGGAGCAUUUGCUUCUAUCUGGGUUGAUAACGAAGGCUAUAUCGCUGAGGGUCCAAAUGUGAAUGUGGCUUUCAUAACCCAAGAUAAGGAGCUUAUCUUACCUUCAUUUGACAAGAUCCUUAGUGGUUGCACUGCAUUAAGGCUUCUUCAACUAGCACCUAAAUUGGUCGAGCAAGGGCAAUUAAAAAGUGUUAAAAUUGCUGAUCUUACUGUUCAAGAGGCCAAAAGGGCAGCUGAAAUGACGUAUGUUGGAAGCACGCUUCCUCUCUUGCCAAUUGUUAUGUGGGAUGAGCAAUCCAUUGGAGAUGGAAAGGUAGGAGAGUUAACAAUGGCACUCUCUGAUCUGCUUUGGGAAGAUAUGGUUGCAGGCGACGGCAAGCAAAGGGUACCUGUUCCUUAUGAGAAGCUAGCCACAUAGAUUCAAUAGCUGAGACCAAAGGAAUGAUUUCAACUUAAACUUCAGCUUCUCUCAUUGCUCAUUGUUAUUUUCCUGCUGCUUGCCAAGGGACUUGCUUUGGCUAGUCAUUGUUCAUGGAAUAAAUCAAUUGACGUUUGAUUUUGCUCUGUUCAUUAGUCCAAAGUGUAUAAUGAACAUAAUUACGCCUAUAAUAAUUACCUGCAUUGAAUUAA